AUGUCGAUAGAAAUGCGAAAGAUCCGCACGGGCGAAGUAAUUCGGACCAGCAUGGACCGGACUGCGGUAGUAGAAUUGGUGUGGAAGCAGCGUCAUCGGCUUUAUCGAAAGCAGAUGCGCCGGGUUACACGUUUUUACGUCCACGAUCCCCUUAACCAGUGUCGCAUUGGGGACACGGUACGAAUCCAGGAAACUCGCCCGAUUUCCAAGACCAAGCACUGGCGCCUGAUGGCAAUUCUCCAGCGCCGUCAGGUGGCAGAAGUCCAGCCAAUUGAACUGGAAACGGACCUAGACGCUGAAAUCGCUGGCACUGCGCCAGAAGACAAUAACAGCGGCGCCAAGUUGAUAAGGCUGAUAAAUAUUCCUGGCUCCAGCCGGCGCAAGUAUGCCAAGGUUGGCGAUGUAAUCGUUUGUACCGUAAGGGAAGCAGUGCCCAAUUCGCCGGUACGCAAGGGGACCGUCGUUAAGGCGGUUGUUGUUCGCCAGGCCCAGGCCCUGCUUCGACCUGACGGGACCUACAUCAAGUUUGACGAUAACGCCGCUGUGAUUAUCCAGGACAACCUUAUGCCUCGAGGGACGCGUAUAUUUGGGCCAGUAGCUCGGGAACUUCGCGAGAAGGGCUUUAUGCGCAUAGUUUCCCUGGCGCCGGAGGUGGUCUAA